AUGGCUUCUGCCUGGAGUGAGCUGCUGAGUCUGAUUUCGGGAUCCGUUCCGGAAGAUGCGGCCGGGCACGCCUUCCGAGCCCUACAGGCAACCCAUGCCGUAGGCGCAGCUGUCCGGAAGGACGCAGUGGCCCUGCUGGCGACUUGCCCGGGUGAGGCUUUGCCGUGGCCCCAUCUAGCUGCCCUGAAUCCGUUCCUUCAAAAGAAGCAAGGGCCGAAGCCUUCUGGUGCACGGCCGCGGUGGACAGAACAUCGAGGUGAAGUGCCCCCAAAAUUGCUCGGCUACAUCAAGAGAGUGGUGCAGCUGCAAGGCUUUGCCACUUGCCUCUGCAGCAUGGCCCGGGAGUUCGACAAUGCACAGAUUGGUGCUACCUUGCAGAGACAAGUCGCUGAUCUCUUGGAGCCGACAACAGAGCAGUGGAGCACAGAUAGAGGUCAUUGGCUGCAGAUGGAGUGGGAACAAAGCCUCACAUGCAGGCCAAUACAGCUGGAGGUUGCCCAGGCGAUGCUGGAAGGUUCUUUCGAUCGACAAGUCCUUCAGUUGAACAUGGGAGAGGGCAAGAGCAAAGUCAUCCUGCCUCUGCUCUGCACUGCUUUGGGAGAUGGAAAGGAGCUCGUUCGAGUGGUGGUUCUAAGUUCUCUGCUGCAUGCCUCCGUGGAUCACCUCCGGCAAGUACUUGGCGGCAUGCUUGGCCGCAGGCUGUAUUUACUUCCAUUCAAUCGCGGGAAGUGUGUGACCAAAGAGUCGGUGAAGGCUAUCAGAGAGCAGCUGGGCGAUUGCAGGAGGAUGGGUGGAACACUGCUCAUGACGGAGGAAUCUGUACGGAGCCUCCAACUGAAGCUGCGCGAGUGUUGCCUCAGAGACUCAGCCCAGCUUGCCUGCGACUUCGCUGGACUCUUCUCUUCAGAGCUGCGCUCCUCCGUGGACAUCUUUGACGAAGUGGAUGAGGCUCUGCGGCUGAACAACGAGCAAAUCUACACGCUUGGUCAGCGACAGGCACUGGACGGUGAGGGCAUGCGAUGGCGAGUGCACUUCGAGAUCUUCCGUGUGCUGACCGGGCCUCAGAAGGAAGACCCAGAAGUGCAGGCUGUGUUGGACAAGCUUCGCGACCGUCAUGCAGUGGAAGUUGGCGUGCCGAAGAGCGACGCAGGAAGCCAAGACGACUGGAAGCAGCUGGCUGUUUGCCUUUGCCGGGGCCUGUUGCAAUCCCAGAAGUCGUCGGCCGAUCGACUUGGCGGGCUCGGAAGCCUGCCUUCGCAAGUCCGCAAGCAGCUGGAGCAGUUCAUCUUGGAGCCCGACUUGCCCCAGCAGGACCUGAACAAGAUCCUCCAGUCGGCUUUGUGCUCGGAAGGCUCAGUGGACCCGACCCAGCUGCAGUAUGCGGCCUUGACAGCCAGGGGCUUGUUGGCGGGCGAUGUCUUGCGAACGUGCAUGCACAAAAGGCACCGCGUGGAAUUUGGGGUGGACAACAUCACCUAUCGCUGCAAGAUCGCCCUUCCUUUCCGGUACAAGGACGCCCCGAGCGAGAGCACCGAGUUUGGCCACCCCGACGUGGCCAUCGCGCUCACCCUCCGCGCCUACUACGAGGAUGGGCUCAGCCAGGACGGCUUUCAAAAGCUGCUGGAUAGGCUUGCGGAGCUCCCGGCAUGUCAGCGAACAGAGCUUUACCGGACCUGGUUGCUGACAGCGAAGAAGGAGUGUGAUAGGCGUUCGCCUGCGGGUGAGACGGUCGAGGAAGCAAUUGCGAAACGACUGGGCCUGCCCAUAUCUUCUACAAGCUUGGUGACUGAGGACAAAAGUGUCGUGGAGCACCUGUGGAGGAAGCUCUCCCUGAACAUGCGCGUCAUUGAGACCUACGUGGAGGAAGUGGUAUUUCCCACGGAGACGCGGCAGUUUCCACACAAGGUUUCCGCCAGUGGCUGGGAUCUUUCGGCUGGCCGCUUGCGUGGGUUCUCCGGCACGGCAGACAACCGGCAGCUGCUCCCCCUGGGUGUGCAGCAGUAUGAGCCAGAGAGUUUGCGGCAUACAGACGGGCGUGCCUUGCGGUGCCUGCUCGAUCCGGAGAUGGGCGGUCCUGUUCCCGUCGAAAGGCUGCAGGCAGAGGAGGCAAGGGAGAUGCUUCGCGAGAUUCUCGUGGAUCACAAACCAGGUGGCCGUGCAUCAGUUUUGAUCGAUUGCGGUGCCUUUCUCACUGGCCUCUCCAAUCGUCAAGUUGCCGAGGCCUGCUUGGACAUGCCAGAGCUGGAAUUACGUGCUGUCAUCUACUUUGGUGAGGACAAGAAAGUAUGGGCCUUGGACAAACAGAGGAGGGACUUCUUGCUGUCCAAGAGCCCGCUGCAACCGGCCGACGACGGGGUCUUCACCUACCUCGACGACCAGCACACCCGCGGCACGGACCUGCGGUUCCGUCGCUCGGCUGUCGGCGCGGUGACCGUGAGCCGGAAGAUGACCAAGGACCGGCUCAUGCAGGCAGCAAUGCGCAUGCGCUCCUUGGGGCAAGGCCAGUCUGUGGUCCUCUACCUGAACGGGGAGGCGCACAGGCAACUGGUGCAGGACGCUGGACUCCAGGAUCUCCAUGUUGACAUCGGUCUGCUGUUGCGCUGGGUCGCGUCCAACACGGCGCAGCAGCUACAGGCCUCGGUCCCCCUUUGGGCCACGCAAGGGGCCUCCUUUGCUGCUCGGGUCCCUUUCUUGCAGCAAAUCCAGAAAGGAAGCCAAAGCUUGGGUGCGGACCUUGCGGACCUUGCCAAGCUGUGCCGUGAGCCAGAAGCCUUCUCAUUGGUGGCCUACAAGCGGUCCCUGGCACCUCAGCCCGCACACAAGGACAUCCCAAGGGGUUCAGAAGCAGUGCUGCAAGGAAUUUGGGAGGCGGCCCGGAUUGCUGGUGAGAAGGCAGAGGGCUGGAAGCAACAAGCCAGACAGGAGAUAUCGCGGCAGCUGGAGUACCUGAAAGAGCACAAUCUCCUCUCGCACGACCCCAUGAUGAUUUCCUCGAUGGAAGAGGAGCAAGAACGUGAACGCGAACAGGAGAGGGAGCGCGAACAAGAAGUGGAGCAGGAGGUGGAGGUGUGCCAAGAAGAUCCGCAGCCUGAGGCUUUUGAGCCCUUGGGGGAGCGGGGAGCAGAGUUGGGACUGGAGUAG